GGUGUGGGACUGGGAGAUGUUCAACCCCAUUAAAGAACAAGCACGAAACAUAAAAUAAUGCGAAUAGUGCGUAUUGUUGUACAAUGUGCUUUACUUUUCAAGUUAGUUUUUGAGGCAUCUUUUCUGAUAUAGGAACAUGAAUAAGAGAUAAAGAGAAUAAUAGAAACUUGGGACUUCACUAAGGUUACAGGAUUUAUGCUAAUACUGUAAUAUUAAUGCUAGCUAAUUCAGAGAUUAAUACCGGUAUAAUUAAGUAGAAUCCAAGCAAGUUAAAUUACAAACGUACGUAGCGAUAUGAUAUGCUGCUUAGAAUCAGAGCUUUUUCAUACUUUGAAGCAAGGAAUGAUUCCCAUGGGAAUUUUUCUAGUAUAAAGGUAACCAUGGUCUAAUUUCUACACAACUGAGACAUCUCAGAUACAAUAUUAAUGGUGAUUCAUCAGCGAUUUUUCGCCACUACUUUGCUGUUUUUACUUGCAUUUGCCUUGAAUUGUCAGAACAUGGUAUUUGCAACAAGGGAACUGCAAAUCAAGGGGAACUGCAGCUAUGUAAUUACCAUAGAAACCAGUUGCACCAAGAAUGCUGGCACAUCUAACCACGUCAGCCUACGUUUUGGGGACUCAAAAAGCAACGACGUUUUAGUCCGACCGCUUAACAGGAAGCACGUCAAAUGGGUAGAUAAAAUGGAUCAAAGUGUUUUAGAUGAUGUACCAAGGAAACCAUUCCAGCCUUGCAAUGUUGAUGAAUUUCAGGUUGAUGGACCCUGUGUGGAUACAACCAUCUGCUACUUGUAUCUAAAACUGACAGGAUCAGAUAACUGGCGUCCCGGUUUCGCCCAAGUCCGGGUUCUAGAUAAAGCCCGUUUUAAUUCGGAUUAUUUCUAUUUCCGUCGUUAUCUCCCUAGGCAUGUGUGGCAUGGUUAUGACUUGUGUGAUAGAGAAGUCACUCCUUUUGGUAUCAAGCAUAAAAGGAAGAUUUUUCAUUAACUUGGAACUUUACCUUGUUACGUAAAGGAUCAUGCACCGUAAGCUUCAGUUUUUCCAUCUAGGCAGCUACCUUGUGAAAGAACUAAUCAUCUCUGAAUAAUAAUUUCAUCUUCUUUUUCUUUA